AUGGAGAGAAGAAAUAUUGUCGGUGCGCUUCUGCAGGCGUUGAUGGUGGUAGUGGCCCUCGCCGCUGGGGUGGCGACGGUCGGGGGCUCUCCGCCAGAGCCGAUCGUCAAGUGCAAGUCCGGCAAUUCCGAUUGCACCGUCACCAACGCCUUCGGCACCUUCCCCGACCGCACCACCUGCCGCGUCGCCGCUGUGGCCUACCCCGCCAAUGAAGCAGAGCUCGUGGCCGUCGUCUCCGCCGCGGCGGCAAAGAAGCAGCACAUGAAGGUGGUCACCGAGUACGGCCACAGCAUCCCCAAGUUGUCCUGCCCCGGUGGCCCCGCCGGCGCCGGGCUGGCCAUCAGCUCCCAAAAGCUGAACAGAGUGGUAGCCGUCGACGCCAAGGCCAGACGGAUGACCUUCGAAGCCGGCAUCACCCUGCAGCGGCUCAUCGCCGCCGCCGCCGCCGAGGGGCUGGCGCUGAGGUAUAAUCCCUACUGGCACGGAAUCACCCUGGGGGGCCUCCUCGCGACAGGCGCCCACGGCAGCUCCCUCUUCGGGAAGGGCUCCGCUGUGCACGAAUACGUGGUGGGAAUGCGGAUGGUAGUCCCCACCACCGCCCCCGCGGCCGGCGGAGUCCACGCCAGAAUCGUCGAUCUCCGAGAAGGGGACCCGGAUCUCUUGGCCGCCAAGGUUUCCCUCGGUGUUCUCGGCGUCAUUUCCCAGGUAGAAUAUACAGUCGCUACAGAAUAGAAACUGAAACACUAAGUUUAGCAAAUAGAAUCGUUGUCUCACCGGACUGGCCCGUUCGCAGGUGACGCUACAGCUGGAGCCGAUGUUCAAGAGGUCCAUCACCUACCGAACCCAGCGAGACCACGCCUUCGAGUCGACGGUGAGUUCAUUUGCCGCCACCACCGAGUUCGGGGACAUCGCCUGGUACCCCGGGCAGGAGAAGGUGGUGUACCGGGACGACGUAAGGCUGCCGUUGACAGCGCAGGGGAAGGGGAAGAACGACUUCGCGGGGUUUCAGCCGCAGCUGUCCGUGCUCAUCUCCGCGAUCCGAAAAUCAGGUCCGACAUUGAGAUAAAUCCUCCUCCAUUCUUCGACGAGGUUUCUGACCCGUCUGAGCUUCUGCUCUUCCCCCCGCAGAGGAACUGCUGGAGGAGACGGAGAGCUCAGACGGCAAGUGCCUCCUCGCCAAGAUCCAGGUGAACACCUUGCUCGCCACCGGCGCCGGCCUGAAGAACGACGACAGCCGUCUUAUAGACUUCACGGGGUUCCCCGUAGUCGGCAACCAAAGCGACAUGCAGUCGUCAGGCUCUUGCCUCACCGGCAAGGACGACGGACUCCUCACCGCCUGCGGCUGGGACCCUCGCCUGGACGGGUUCUUCUACCACCAGACGGCGUUCAGCAUCCCCAUUCCCACCGUCGCCGCCUUCAUUGCCGACGUGAAGAAGCUCCACGCCCUGAGGCCCGGUUCCCUCUGCGGGCUCGACCUCUACAGCGGGUUACUCAUGAGGUUUGUCCGCAACUCCACCGCCUUCCUGGGCAAGACGGCCGACUGUGCCGACUUCGACAUGACCUACUUCCGCUCGAACGACCCGGAGGACCCCCGCCUGGACCAGGACAUCCUCGAGGAGGUGGAGCAGAUGGCCUUCUUCAAGUACGGCGCGCUCCCACACUGGGGCAAGAACCGGCACGUCGGGUUCAUCGGCGUCAGCGACAAGUACGGCGAUAGGUGAGGGUUAAUCCGCCGCUGCUCCGAUCCCUCGACUUGCUGCUCCUCCGAUCUGAUCCGUGGUUUUUCCGGAAUGGCAGGCGGGACCGGUUCGUGGCGGCGAUGACGAAGUACGACAGCGAGGGGCUCUUCUCCUCCGACUGGGUCGACGCCGUGCUGGGCAUCCGGGGGAAGAGCCUGUCACUGGAGAAGGAGGGCUGCGCACUGGAAGGCCUCUGCAUCUGCUCUCGCGACGAGCACUGCUCGCCGGCGAAGGGGUACUUCUGUCGCCGGGGACUGGUUUACAAGGAAGCUAGGGUCUGCAGGAAAUCCGAGAAGGAGGACGACGCCCCCAUUGUUCACACGGAGCUUUAA